AUGAGGCAUUUAAUCACUUUGUUUUGCCUUGCUGUAUCAUAUGAGCUCUCUUAUGAGAGCGGAGGGGACGAUUGGGAUGGAGAAUGCGCAUCAGGAACUCUUCAAUCCCCAGUGAACAUCAAUGAGUCAGAAGCUGUCACAGUCUCAGCCAGUACUGGCUCUUCUAUUUCUUUGCAGUUUAUUCCUAAACCAAUCAAAGGGAUCUGAAAUUCAAAUAUUUUUGAAUUAUACGGAGAUAUGGGCUCAUUAACUUUUUAUAUCUCUGAGAUGCUAACUCCCCCCCCCCCCUCCGUGAGCGAACAAAAAAAUUUUGUUCGCUCACGGAGGGGGGUUAAUUUUUUUUUUUUUAAAAAAAAUUUAUAUAUAAAUUUUAUAAAAAAUAUUUUUUUCGAAAUUUAAAAAAAUCCUAAUUUGCAAAAAUUGGGAAGCAAAUAUUAAUUUUAAUUUGCAAAAUUUAUGUUUUAAAACGCAAUUUGUUUAAAAUUAAACAGAAUUAGCUCUAGAUUUCAUUAUACUAAUUAUCACUUAUAUAUCAAAAUUUUUUUCCAUUAAAAUUUUUUCUAUUAAAAAAAUUUUUGUUCACUCACGGAGGGUGGGUUUUUGGUCAAAAAAUGGCGAUUUUUCUAAUGGUUUUGUUCGCUCACGGAGGGGGGGGGGGGGAGUAAGUAUUACUUUAAAAAGCCAACUUGCUCAAUUUCAUUCGCCAUCUGAGCAUACAAUUAACGACGAAAAAUUCGAUUUAGAGAUGCAGAUUAUACUAUUUUCUGUUACUUUAUAUAAAAUUUUCUGAAAUUUGUUAAAAUCUAUUCAAUUAUCUACACAGAAUAUGGCAUAAUAUCUAAAAAUAUGUAAAAAUAUUUGUAUAAGUUAAUAAAAAAGGCUUACUAUGUAUAAUCCAAAUGUUUUGGGCCAAACUUUUAUUUUAGCUUUGCUAUUUAAAGUCUCCAAUAAAGAAAACAGCCCUUUUAUAUCUCAAGUGAUAAAAUCUUCUAAUGAAGUAGUCGAUAUUAAUUUGAUGGACGCUUUUGGAGGUUUUGAUACUAUUGGAGAUUUCUAUGAAUUUGAAGGAUCAAUGACUAUAUUUUAUUAUAUAAAUUGUAUCUUUAAAACACAUUUUAAAACAAUAUUUCCUUUACCAUUAAUUUAUCUAUAUUUAAUAAGAAAUAUAUACUUAUCCAUGCCAAGAAAACGUAAAAUGGAUAGUCUUAUCUGACGUCCAAAGUCUUGCAAUGGAUCAGCUUAAGUUUUUCGUCGAAAAAUGAAGCGAAAAUAAUACUUUUGAAGGUAUGAUAAGGAGCGAUAGAAAUAUCCAGCCCUUAAAUAAAAGACUUAUGCUGAGAGUCAGACGCAGAAGACCAUCAAGAGCUCCAACCGCUAAUAAUCAAGCUGGUGCUUUGGUUUUCGAGCUGCUUAUGAUUAUCUUCCUGCUAUUUUAA